AUGACAACCAACAGCUCCGUCCUCAUAACCGGCUGCAGCGAUGGUGGCAUCGGCUCCGGCCUAGCCCUCGCCUUCCAAGAACGCGGAUACCAAGUCUUCGCGACAGCCCGGAAUAUCGACAAAAUGGAAGCGUUGACAGGUCUCCCCAAUGUGACGCUGCUGACACUGGACGUGGUGGAGCCAAGUCACAUCGACGCCGCAGUCAAGGCCGUGUCAGCACAGACGGGAGGGACACUGUCGUACCUGAUCAACAAUGCCGGACGCAACCACUUCAUGCCGAUUCUUGAUGAGACCAUUGAGACGGCGCGCGAGAUCUUUGAGAUCAAUGUGUGGGGGCCGGUGGCGGUGACCAAGGCAUUUGCGCCGCUGUUGAUCGAGGCGCAGGGGACGCUGGUGAAUAUCACGUCGAUAGCAGGGCAUAUUCCAUUGCCGAAUAUGGGGUCAUACGCCGCAUCCAAACGCUCCCUCGAAAUCAUCUCCGAAAGCCUGCGCCUCGAACUGACCCCCUUCCACGUCAAAGUGCUGUCCGUCGUGACCGGCAGCGUCGCAACCAACGGACAAACCUACUUACAGAACUGGGCGCUCCCACCAGACUCGCGAUACAAGCCGAUUGAACAGAGCAUUGCGCAGAUUGUACGAGGACAUGACGGCAUUCCCCGAUCGCCAUUAACGCAAUACGCGACGGAGGUGGUUGAGCAGAUUCUGGCGGGCGCAGCGGGCCGGAUUUGGUGUGGGGAACGAGCGGCGACGGCGAAGGAGCCGGUGGAGGGCGCGGCAGCGGACCAGCGGGAUCGGUGGGUGAUGCAGCUCUGGGGGCUGGAUGAUCUUUCAGGGUGA